UACCUGGCUGCCCUCCUGGGCAGCGGCCGCAUCAUCACCACCAUCGCCUGUGACCACCACCUCCACACCCCCAUGUACUUCUUCCUCCUCAACCUCUCCCUCCUCGACCUGGGAUCCAUCUCCACCACUCUGCCCAAAGCCAUGGCCAAUUCCCUCUGGGACAGCACGGACAUCUCCUACAAGGGAUGUGCUGCACAGCUCUGCUUCUUUGUCAUCUUCAUCUCAGCAGAGUUUUAUCUCCUGACCAUCAUGUCCUACGACCGCUACGUGGCCAUCUGCAAACCCCUGCACUACGGGACCCUCCUGGGCAGCAGAGCUUGUGUCCACAUGGCAGCAGCUGCCUGGGGUACUGGGUUUCUCAAUGCUCUACUGCACACCUGCCUGCCCCUCUGCGAGGGCAAUGCCCUGAACCAGUUCUUCUGUGAAAUCCCCCAGAUCCUCAAGCUCUCCUGCUCACACUCCUAUCUCAGGGAACUGAGGAUUCUUGUAAUGAGUGCUUUUUGUUUUUUAGCACGUUUUCUAUUUGUAGUGUUCUCAUAUGCGGAGAUCUUCAGGGCUGUGCUGAGGAUCCCCUCUGAGCAGGGAAGGCACAAAGCCUUUUCCACGUGCCUCCCUCACCUGGCCAUGGUCUCCCUGUUCAUCAGCACAGCCAUCUUUGCCUACUUGAAGCCUCCCUCCAUCUCCUAACCAUCCCUGCACCUGGUAUUGUCCUUUCUGUACUCGGUGGUUCCUCCAGUAAUGAACCUCUUCAUCUACAGCAUGAGGAACCAGGAGCUCAAGGGUUCUCUGAGGAAACAACUGAUGUUUUUUAGCAGUCAUAGACAGCCUCCUGGCCUCUGCAAAUGA